CCUGCCGUCCCAAUAAUCGGACCGUUUCACGGACACCCGGUUCCCAGACCAACGAUCCAACACUCGCUUGGAACAGCUAGCUAUAUAUACACCCAAGCAAAGCAACCAUGCAAAACGCACCUCCUGAAGUGGCACGACAAGCAAACAAGCCGUGGCACACGAGAACUUCCAGCCUUCAGCUCAAAUGUCUUCCACGGUGACACUGGAGAAGACGACCACAAUCCAGAGCAACGACGCCGAUGUCGGAUCGCCAACGAUGAGGUCUCCGCUCCUGAAGAAGACGAAGGGCGGGUGUGGCGACGACACCACGGGACGGUGCUGCGGGCAAAAGUACGAGCUCAUCAGCUACGACGUGCUCCCGGAGUUCCUCAAGCACAAUGAGUUCAUCCUCGACUACUACCGCAGCGAGUGGCCCAUCAAGCAGGCGCUUCUCAGCGCCUUCUCCAUCCACAACGAGACCAUCAACGUCUGGACGCAUUUGAUUGGUUUCUUCGUCUUCCUCGCCCUCACCGUGUGCGCCGCUACGAUGGUUCCGAUGGAGUACGAGGCGUCUCACUUGGCUGCGUCCACAGGCCUGGCCAACAACACCGGCAACCCAAUGGUGCCGAGGAGCUACAGCGCCGACGGAGCGGUCAUGGCAAUGCAGGUGCUGCGCAACGUGUCCGUUGAAACGGAGCUCGCCGCCGCGGCGUCGUUGUCGGCGGGGCACCGGGUCGCGCGGUGGCCGUUCUACGCGUACCUCUGCGGCGCCAUGUUCUGCCUGCUGAUGAGCAGCGCGUGCCACCUGCUGGCCUGCCACUCGGAGCACGCCAGCUACGUGCUGCUCCGCCUCGACUACGCCGGCAUCACCGGCCUCAUCGUCACCUCUUUCUACCCGCUCGUCUACUACACCUUCCUCUGCGACCCGUUCUACCAGACGCUCUACCUCGGCUUUAUCACCGUCUUCGGCGCCGCCGCCGUGGUCGUCUCUCUGCUCCCAGUCUUCGAGGCGCCCGAGCUGCGGUGGGCGCGCGCGGGUCUGUUCGCGUGCAUGGGCAUGUCGGGCCUCGUGCCCAUCGUGCACAAGAUGCUCCUGUUCGGGGCGCGCCCGGAGGCGGUGCUCACCACGGGGUACGAGAUGGCCAUGGGCACGUUCUACCUGGCCGGCGUGGUGGUGUACGCCACCAGGGUGCCGGAGCGGUGGAUGCCGGGGCGGUUUGACCUCGCCGGGCACAGCCACCAGCUGUUCCACGUGCUCGUUAUCGCCGGCGCGUACGCGCACUACCUCGCCGGCUUGGUCUACCUGAGCUGGAGGGACACGGAAGGGUGCUGACGACGACGCGCGCAUGCUGUAGAAAUUUGACCAGCUUCACUUUUCGUUGAUUCGACGUUGAUUUCCUUCUUUGCUUCUUCUUGUAUCUUUUUUUUUUCUUUCACAGAAGUGAACAUAUCAUCUAAAAAAAGCGAACAUAUAUCAAGAGAAAUGUAACCAGAUCAAUUAAUUAAUUUCGUUAAUAGACCGGAAACUGAAUAAAUCAGUAGCUGUCUAUUUU